GAGAAACCCUGUCUCGAAAAACCAAAAGGGAAAUAAAAGAAAGAGAUUUCCUUGACCGAAGCUGUUUGCUGUGCACCUGGCAGUAAAUAGUUCAUGUAACCCACAUAACCCGUUGUGCAAUCAGAAUGCUUUAGGUGCGUCUGGCCUCACUAGAAAGCAUUUCCAGUUGUGCUGUGUAGGUAGGAGCUUGCAGGUUUUGCCUCACAAGGACUGGCUGUCCCUAGGAAGACUAACAGAGGGUGCCAGGCUGUCUCUGGAAUGCCUGAGAUUUGCUUUUUUCCGUUGCUGCUUUUGGUUGUUUUAACUGACAGCACCCCCUACUCCCCCACCCCCAACCCCACAAGGCAAAGUCAAAACCCAGCCACUUUGAAGAUGCUCUGAUUUGGCUGCCAGGCACAGAGAGAUGCCUUUUGAAAAGUCUCAGUUGUGUGAUAGGGAUGGAGAAGGGAGGAGCCAAAAAUCCAUGUAGGUCAGACAGCACUUCUUUGACCAAGUGUUUUAGGGGUAUUUUUUUAAAAGUCAGGUAGGACUUAGAGGAUGUUCCCCGCUCUAGGAAGGGUAUAUUUCUGUUUGCUAAUGUUUAUCUAAAAGUCUUUAACUGGAAUCACUUCAAGCUCAUUGUUUUGCUUUAUCUUCUGGGUCUUUUUGGAUGUUAUCCAAAGGAAGGAGGGAAAAGACCAAACACCCUUUGGGACCGUUGAAGUAACCGGAUUCUCCCCAUGAGGCUGAAAUAGCGAGGCGGGAAUGAAUACAACUUUUCAGAAUAUAGGACAAUCUUUUGUCAAAGGCAGCGCUGGGUUGAUGGAAAUGAAGCUGACCUUGAAUAUUCUGGUAACAUUGAGUACUUGGCUGUUCCUAGCCUCUGUUUGGACUUGCAAACAGCUCUGUCGUUCACUUUCCUUUGUUUGCUAAAGAGAACUCGGUGGGCCUUUAUAGUGUGUGCCCUUUUGGUUUUAAACACAAUCUUUGUUUAGUUUUGUUUUGCUUUGCUCUGCUUUGAGACAAGAUCAUCCUCUGGAGCUCAGGCUGGCCUCAAACUAGCUGUCCUCCUGCCUCAGCCUGAUCAGGGUUAGGAUUACAGGGACAAGCCAGGACGUCUGGCUAAAACAUAUCUGAUUUGAAUGUCCAUCUGAUGGCAAAUUAGCUCCGUGUGACUGAUUAGAAACGGACUGUUUGAAACUGAUAAGGAAUGUUUGCUAGUCCUUUGUGGUCUCGACACCUGCAGCCAGGUGUCAAACCUUUCUUAUCCUCCCCAGUUGUGAAAUGGCACUGUUGGGGCCAGCAGGGCUGUGGUGGAUAUUUUUAAGUAUAUGCUUCAUUUAAUGUGACAGGAACAGGGCCUGUCUGCCUCCCAGCCUACUUUACUUCCAAGACCAAUACAUCCUCCAAAGAACAAAACUUGGUGUUGAUAAUAGAUGUGCCCACUUGAUAUUAAUGAAUGUACCUACCACAAUAUAUUUGGGUUAGGACAGCCACUAAUUAAAAUUUUUACUGACAUGUUAAACUUGAAGAAAGAUAAAUAAAUAAAAUGUCCUAACGCAGGAAAAAUCAAGUGCUACUAAGAGUUUUGCUUAGGCCCAACAUCUUAGAGCCACUGUAGGUGAAACUUGCUGCUGACUGGUGUUACCUGUAUGAGCCAAAGUUUGUACAGAGUUGGAGGGUGUAGACAGGUCUGAAUCGUAAGAAUCCUGCUCUCAUAUCAAUGGAAGGAAGCCGGCUUAGACAUUUUGUAGUGCUUUCCAGGAAAUAGGGUAGAAACAUAAAGCACUCUGAAAUAACAAGGAAGCUUAGUCGGCAAGCUCGGAAGUCAUGAUUCUGGCCUUUGCUACCUCCUCCAAGUGACUUUGGACAAAGGACUUAACUUGUUCCCUUAUCUAGAUCACAACUAAAGUUUAGCAGACUCAAUGCCGUAUAGUUCAAAGGAAUGGAGAGUUAAUGCCUACAAUGGACUUGAAACUGUCCCUAGCAUAGACUGAGUAUUCUAUGUACAGGAAUCAUAAUGAUAAUUUACUUGCAGGCAGAUAGAAAAGGUACUCAGUUAUGAAGAAGGGAAAAAGGCGUCUCCCAUUUCUGGUAGGAGUAGAGAAAAGCUAGAUGUGGUGGUAAAAGGCCUGUGGGAGGUGGAGGCAGCAGGAUUGGGAGUUCGAGAUCUUUGUCAGCUUCGUGGGAGUUUUGAGGCCACCCUCGGUUCUUUGAGACUCUGUCAAUCAAUCAAUCAAUCAAUCAUCAAUCAAUCAAUCAACAAGGAUCGAGGGGCAGAAGUAGGUUAUUUGGAAUGCUUGAUCGCCGUUGGAGAAUGUUCAGUUUGAAAUAGCUUUGUUACAGCUCGACAGAGAUGUUACAGUUACAUCAAGUGGGCAGCGAACCCUCACUGCAUGACAGUCAAGCUAUCUGCGUUUUUCGGACUCUCUGGUUUUCCUGGCAGCUUCUCGUGAGCUCCUCACAACCCCGAAUCCCACGAGCUUCAGAUUCACGAGUAAUAGUGAGGAAGAUCAGGGCACAUGUUAAAAACUCAUCGAGUUUGUGUUUAAAGAGAGGAAAAUUGUCACCAAAAGCCUGAAUGCCUUAGAUAAAUGAACAUGUAAACAUAAACUUAGCAUGCGGUGAUCAAAGAGAGGCUGAGACUGGACAUACGAACCAGAAAGGGAACAGUCUACCGUUCUUGCGUCUUUCUCUUACCCGUUCAGUUCAUCCUUGGUUUCUUUGGCUUUUGUGCUGAGAAUUGAAUGGAGGCCUUUUGUAUGCCAGUCUAGGGCAGCAUCAAUGAGCAGCGGGUCCCCAGCUGAUUUGUUACUUUUUAUUUGAGACACAGUUGCUAAGUUGUCCAAACUAGACUUGAGCUCACAAUGCAGGCAGUCCUUGAACUUGUGUCCUUCUGCCUCAACCUUGAACUUGUGUCCUUCUGCCUCAGAGCCUCCAGAACCAGCUGGACCUUAGGCUUGCUUUCCCGGGCUAAGCUUCGAUGUAUUCAUUCACUCGGAGACUAGUCACUGAGUACUCACUGAGCACUAUGUGUGGUUCUAGGCAAGGGGUCGACAGUGAAUACAACAGACCAGAAUUUCUUUGCCGAUGGGACUUGUAGUCUGGGCUAGCACAGAGGCUAGGAAGAACAGACAGUAAACAAUAAACACAACACACGAUGUAUUUAUUCACUUCUUAUCCAGUCAGAUGGCUGCCAUUUAAGAAAAUGGGGCUGGAAAGAUGGUUCAAUGGCUAAAGUGGCUACUGUGCCAGAGGACUGGGGUUUGAUUCCUAGAAUCAACAUGGUCACUCACAAAUAUUUGUAACUCCAAUAUCCAGGCAAUAUUAGUCCCCAAAAGCAUUCUAUUACAUGAAAUGCACAGACACGCAUGCAGGGGAGGAGGUGCACUGACACAAAUAGAAUAAUAUUCUUAAGAAAGAAAAUCAGAAAAGAAAGAACUCGAUAUUGAAGCUGUGCAGAAAUUGCAGCUGUCAUUGAGGAUGGAAUGGGUAGCUUCUAAAAAAUAUUAAAAAUGAAAUUACUAUGCUCUAGAAAUCCCACUUCAGGGUAUGUGCGUACUAAAGGAUGGGAAGCACAGUACUGAGAAGAUAUUUAUACAUCCACGUUCAUAGCAACAUCAUUCUCAAUAGCCAAAGGGUGGGACAGUCCCUCUAUUGACAGAUGAUCAUGUAGACAAAACAUGAGGUGCACACACAAUGAAAUGUUAACCCUCAAAGAAGUGUGGUAACAUGGCUGAAACCAGGGGACAUGGCACCAAGUGAAAUAUUACUUGUAAAAAGAUUAUGAGUCCAUGAAUAUGAAGUCCCAGGAAGAGUACAUAAAACAAACAAAAAAAAACAAAAAAACAAAAAAAAAAAGUUGCCAGGGACCAGAGUGAAGAGAGGAGGGAGAAUUGUUCAGGAGAUAUUGGGCUUUUGCUUUGCAAAAGAGAGAGUGAGUUGUGGAGAUUCGUUUAGACGAAUGAGUGUGUUUAACCACAUUCUGAGAGAUGAGAUGGGUCACUGAAAUCGGUGGUUCAUGUCUGUGAUGUCAGGGCUUAGCAGCCUGUGCAGGAGAUUUGAGGCUAUCUGGACUAAAUAAUGAGACUCUAUGGAAGAGGAAAGAGAAACAAGGUUGGGAGGAAGAGGAGGAGAAGGAGGAGGAGGAGGAGGAGGAAGAGGAUUAGAAGAACAAGAAGAAUGAGAUGAUGAAGAAGGAGGAGGAGGAGGGGAAGGAGGAGGAGGGGAAGGAGGAGGAGGAGGGGAAGGAGGAGGAGGAAAAGAAGAAGGAGGUUAAGUUGGUAAAUUUCGUGUACUUGAACACACAGAGAGAAAGUAAAACAUUAAGCUACAAGGGAUAAACCUGACAUGAAGCCAAGGAGCAGAGUGUGGUGCCUGGUGGAGCGCCAAACAGCUUUAAAUCAGGACAGUGGCUGGGUAGCUCCUUGAGAAGGGGAGAUUUGAGGAAGGCCUGGGAGGAAUUAGCUCCUGGCAGCUGUGGUAAUAGUAAUCUAUGUCUAAAUCUUCCAGGGCCCAUGGGUGCUGUGGCAAAGCGCAGACAAUGUUCAAGCAGUGUCACUGGGAGGCAGCUGAUAUUGAAGCUGGGUUUGGAUGCAUUUCAACUUGAUUAGAAAGACAAGCCAGGCACUCAGGUGGCACCUGCAAUGGCUUUAAUGAGAUGUCACCUGAGACCAUAGGUCAGGUUACUGUGAUGAUAGGCACUUAUUCUUAUACGUGACCCUUUCUAAAGUUAAACUAGAGCUUAGAAGCAAACACCAGAGGUGUGAUUUCCUUCCUUCCUUCCUUCCUUCCUUCCUUCCUUCCUUCCUUCUUCCUUCCUUCCUUCCUUCUUUCUUCCUUCCUUCUUCCUUCUUUUCUUUCUUUCUUUCUUUCUUUCUUUCUUUCUCUCUCUCUUUCUUUCUUUCUUUCUUUCUCUCUUCCUUUCUCCCGUUCUUUCUUUCUUUCUCUCUCUCCUUCUUUCUUUCUUUCUUUCUUUCUUCCUUUCUUCCUUUCUUCCUUUCUUCCUUUCUUUGUCUAGCAAGUUGCUAUUCAGCCUGAGGAGUCUUGGCUUCCUGGGAGCUGAGGAAACAUUUAUUUUCAGUAUGAAUUUUAAGCCCCUCAUUAGCCUGAGAUUUGCAAAGCUUCAUCUGACCUUCCUGUCAACUCCCAUGUAAGGAGGCGGGAACUCAGAUAUUCUCAUUUCAGUCGCUCUUAACCUGAUACAUCACGUGACAUGGAAUGAGCGGCCGCUUAGAAGAGACUGUGACCUGGUUGUGUCUUACAGUGAACUUAGGAGAUCAGUAUAAACGGGUUGUCAGCUUACCACUGUACCGAGGGCGAAAUUCGGAAGCGAUCGGUACUGUUUGCCGUCUUGAACGGAUUCCCACAAGUCAGUUUUGAUAUCACUUUUCUAGAUGUGAUAAGAAAAGUGGCAUGCUGAGCGUGAAUCUAUGCUCUGCAAUCAGGAAGAUUUCCAGCCGCCACACUCACUGCUGAAUGUGAGGAGGUAGUUCACACUCGAGGAGCAGCCAAUAAUUUUUCCCCUCCCACAAUCCUGUUCUCUAGCCAGGGGUUCUGAAACUACACCGCAGGGAUGGGGUAGGGGUAGAACCGGGUUCUUUCACCAUGUGCCCUUUCUACACUAUGGCAAUCAUAGCUGAUAGCCUGAAAAUAAUAUUCCACCAACCUUGAAAAUGGCCUCCUGCUCCAGUUUUUGAUAACCAAUCUUCCUAAUGUUUGAUUUCCUUUAGUUUAUACCGAAGUUCUUCCUGCUCUUCCUCUCUCCCUCCACCUGUUUCUUCCUUUCAUUCCUUUCUUUCACUUUUUAUUGGUUCUUUAUGAAUGUCACAUUUUGCAUCCCAGUCCCAUUCAUUCCCCCCUUUCCCCUCCCCUCCCCUUCCAAUCUCCCUCACGACAGAGGAAAAAAAAAAACUCUUUGUGGAAGUUCUGGUGUGUCACUGUAUCCUACACUAUACCCUUUUGUCCACAUUUCUUUGCUUGCAAAUGUUCAUUACAGUGAGUCAUGGGUCUGGUAUGAGGCCUCUGGCUUCUGCUACUUUACCACUACUAGAACCUCACUGGGACUCCUCUCAGAUAUCCCGUUGCCCCAUGUCAUGGAGAUCCCAAAGGUUCAAAUCUGUAGGACCAGCCUUUUUAUGAACUCCAGCAGUUCCUUCAUGGGGUAGACGUUGGGGUGAGCCAAUUCAAAGUCCUGGAUCUGGGCCUGAGAGGUAUCUUAGGUAGUAGUCAGCCUGGCUCACCGACAUUCCCUACAACCAGGGCCAGCUCUACCUUGCUGCCCAGGUGCAGAGCCUGCUCUCCUGAGUGCUGCAGCAAGGAAGGGCUGGGAUAGCUCUCCCGCUCUGAUGACCUCAGGGUCAGCUCUCCUGUCUGCUGGCAAGGGGUGGGUGGGGGCCAUCUCUCUCUUGAUUGUGUUACUCAACAGUAGACGAUGGUAGAGCCAGCUCUCCCAUACGCCUUUGAGACUGGCUAGCCUGCACCCCUGCUACCAAGGUCAGCUCUACUCUGCUGCUGAGGUGAGGUGUGGGGCCUGCUCUCCCAAGUGCUGCAGCUAGUGAGGGGCAGGGACACCUCUCCUGCCCUCAUGACCCCAGCCAAGGUCAGGUCUCCUGGCUGCCAUGGAUGGUGAUGACUGAAGGGAAGGAGGAUAUCUUUCCCUCAUCCAUGCUACCACCGGAAGAUGAGUGGUAGGGCCACCUCUCCCAUGCUCAUAUCUUUAGGGUUAUCUUACCUGAAACACCCAAAAUGUGUGGGUCUCUCAGAAGUGGUCUCAGGGGUGUUAUACAUUGGUUGUACAUUAUGGCACCAGGCAGGGGUCAUCUUGUCCAUGAUCUGUUCCCUUAAGCCUGUGCAGCACCAGACUGGUGGUCAUUUCAGGCUAUUUCCCUGUCUGGGCACCAUGUACGUCUGUUGGUCAUCUCAUGCUUACUCCUCACUGGCUACCUGAGUCGCACCUUGUGAGGGUUGUCUGGGCUUCUUCCCACCCGAGGCUAAAAGAGCCUCCAUCUUGGGAGCCCAUCUAGAUCUGCCUGGAACAGGAUUGUUUGUCAUCUCGGGCUUGCUUCUUUUCAGGGAAUGUUAGGCUAUUAAUCAUUCAGAUGUUCCUAAGUCAGAACACUGAAUAUAAACAGAGACUUUCAACCAAGUCAGUCAACUGAGUCUCAAGGGAGGGAGGGGAGAGAGUGAGGAGUGAGAAAAAAAAAACCAACUAGACAAAAUUAUAACUGACUCCAUCCAGUGCUUGGGCUGAAGUAUUUAUUUCUCUCCUGCUUUUUUUUUUUUUAUUCUAGGUACAUCCAAAAAAACAUGGUCAGUUGUUAGAUCAAAGACAAAGUGAUUGAGUGAAGUAGUAAGCAAAAAGAUCAUGCAAAGUAGUAAUUAAGUAAAGUAGAAAAAACCCACAGCCACUAUUUCUAAUAUUUUUACCUGAGCCUACCUCCCUGUCCAAGCCCAGAGACAAAUGCCAAAUUCCUAGAAGCGGCACUAAAAGCUCUCCACACCUUUCUUCUCUUUGCCACCCACGAACACAUGUGUGACUCAUUAGCCACAUCUGGACAGGCCUCUCUUUAUUUCUUAUACAGGGGAUUGAACCUGAGGUUUUGUACACACUAAAUGUAUGCUUUACACUGCUCCGAAUCCCUAUCACCGUAGGGUAAAAUUCUUGGUAAGUGCUUUCCAACCUAGGUGCUUUCACAGUAAAGAUAGAAAAGGGGCGUUUUCCUCAUCUUUGUGCAUACCCAGCUGUGUACAGUCCUCUUUCCCUGGUUAUCGAGCCCAGAGAACUUCCAGUGCCUCUGGUUUCUCUCAGCAGACAAUGCUGGGAAGAGAGCCAAGUGUCUUACCCUGGGGUCAAAGGAUAAGACAUGGGAAUGUAGCGACUCCUUACUCUGAUAAACCUCUAUCACUGAGUGGAGAAAAAGACUUAGUAGCCCUUCUGACUGUUUUGUUGUUGUUGUUUUGUUUUGUUUGUGUGUGUAUCAAUUUGACAGGAGUUAAAAUCGUCAGAGAGAAAGGAGCCUCAGUUGAGCAAAUGCCUCCAUGAAAUCCAGCUGUAAGGCAUUUUCUCAGUGUGUGCUCAAUGGAGGAAGGCCCCACCCAUUGUGAGUAGUGCCAUCUCUGGGCUGGUGGUCCUGGGUUCUAUAAGAAGGCAGACUGAGCAAGCCAACUGAGGCAAGCCUUACAGGAGCACCCUCCAUGGCCUCUGCAUCAGGUCCUGGAUCCUGCCCUGUUUGAGUUCCUGUCCUGACUUCCUUUGAUGAUGAACGGUAAUGUGGAAGUGUAAGCUGAAUAAACCCUUUCCUCCCCAACUUGCUUUUUUGGCCCCGGUGCCUCAUCACAGCAAUAGAAACUCUUAAGAAAGUAGCAAAAGAAGAAAAGUCCAGUGAAUUCAGCAGACACUCUGGGUUCUCACUAGAGAGGAAAAGGAAUUUAAUCCCAUGUAACACAAUGUUUAUCUCUAAGAAAUCACAGCUUCAUGCGGGCGUAGAAGAAACACCCAGAUAAGUGCAGGACAAGAUGGAGUUUGAAUGCAGCGUCGAACUAAAAGAAAUGCAGGUUAUUCGCUGACGAUGGGUGGAGGAAGGUGUUUCUUUGACUUAAUGCUUUGGAGAACAGGUUGAGCUAUCAUCAGAGAUGGAUGAAAUUCACAAAUAAGGAGAAAGUCAUUCCAGGUAAAGAGUUGACCCCAAAAAGGAAGCCCCAGUUGAGCAUCUAGUUAAGAGAUGUGACCACUCAAGUUUGUUUGUCAAAAUAAAUAACUAGAAACAAUCUGGUUGUUCAAAAGUGGGUGGUCAAAGGAAUUAUGGUAUACCUAGCCAAUGAGAAGUGGUCAUAUGGAAAACUAGAGAUUAUAAAAUUAAUGUGGGAAAACAAAGUAUCACAUUAAAUGACAGGAGGAGGCUGAGGAACACUGAGAAUAACAUAAAGGUUAAAAAGAUAGAAAAGGACAUAAUAUUUGUGGAUGUGUAAUUUCAUAAUGUUUUGAUAUCAUUAUGUUGAUACCUAUUCAUAAUUUCAUAAUGUCUCCAAGAGAAAACAGUGGUGGGGUGAACAACUAAUUCUGUACCUAGCAACUGUCGCUAGGGAGAAGGAGCUUUCAGCUGACCCUCUGACAGGGAGAUUGAUGAAGAACAGAAAGUUGCACACGUGUACACUCAUGCAUACAUUUAACGUGGGAAGUAAGUACAACACACUAAGAUUUGACAAACCCUUGUUUAUUGUCUGUAUUUCUACACUCUUGAACUAUUUAAUGAUUUCAAAAUUAUUAAAAAAUCAAAAAGUACAGAGUCAUUAGUGACACACACCUGAAAUUGCAGUACUUGGGAAACAGAGGAGGGAAAUCAGAAAUUCAUGAAAGUCACUGAGUGUAAGACCCAGCAGAUGCCUGAUGUCCCUUGGAGUCCAGUAUGCCAUGACAGGAAGACAGCCAUGAGUUCAAGAACAACUUGCCCUACCUAGUGGGCUACAGGCUAUCCUGGGAUAUGAUCGGAGCCUCGUGUCAUAACCACACACACACACACACACACACACACACACACACACAGGCACACACACGCAUGCAUGCAUGCAUGCAUGAAUACUCACAUAUACCCAUAUGCACAGACAUGCACGCACACAUACACACACGAGCACACACACACACACAGGAGCACACAGACACACUAGGGGAUGGAGGACAUAGUGACAGAAUCAGACACAGAGAGACACAGACAGAAGCAGAAAUCCACGGCCUCUGGUGCUCUGUUCUGUUUACUCUCCUACAUGACUUCAGAAGAGGAUGAGUCCCACAGAUGUAAACCAGGGCCAGGUCAUGGAAAUGCUCUGCCUGCCAAGCUCAGGAAUGCGAGCUUUCGUUGGCAGUUGGAAGUUACCAGAAGCUUAAGCACUUUUUUUUUUUGAGCUGAGUUUUAGCCAAUCAAAUACGAUAGAACCCCGGGCUAAGAGCAGUCAGGAAACUGUCACCAUGGGUGUUGCUGGGGCAGGAUUCAGGUCUGUAGAUAUGAAAUGAACAGCAGCAGCAGGUUUUCUCUAUAGCCAUCCGACCCAGAACAUGCUUUAUCUUGUCAGAAAGGACAGGUUCGUUCGUUUGUUGUUUGGUUUUGGUUUUUUUGAGACAAGGUUUCUUGGAGCAGCCCUGCUUGUCCUGGAACUCACUCUAUAGAGCAGGCUGGCCUCAAACUCACCACCGGCCUGGCUCAGAAAGAACAGGAGUUCCUCAAGUCCUGAUCAAAGCACUUGAAGUACCUUCUCUGCUUGUUUGCAGAGACCCUGUGGGUCACCGUGUGCCUCAGCUGGAGUGGACUGCACCUCUGUCAUAAUCCCACUACAUAUCUAUCUAUGGCACACUAUAGCCACUAAUUUCUACAAAGUUUUCCUCUCUUUCCUUCAGGUUGUCCUACUGAACCCCGAGGAGCCCGGGGACCACCGCUACCAUGACGACUGCCAUCCUGGAGCGCCUGAGCACCCUGUCUGUGAGCGGGCAGCAGCUGCGUCGUCUGCCCAAGAUUCUGGAAGAAGGGCUUCCCAAGAUGCCAUGCACCGUCCCAGAAACCGACGUGCCCCAGCUCUUUCGGGAGCCGUACAUCCACGCAGGCUACCGUCCCACGGGGCACGAGUGGCGUUACUACUUCUUCAGCCUCUUUCAGAAGCACAACGAGGUGGUCAACGUCUGGACCCACUUGCUCGCGGCCCUGGCGGUCCUUUUGCGAUUCUGGGCCUUUGUGGAGGCAGGGGCAUUGCAGUGGGCUUCUCCCCACACCCUACCCCUGCUCCUCUUUAUCCUGUCGUCAAUCACUUACCUCACCUGCAGCCUCUUGGCCCACCUGCUGCAGUCCAAGUCAGAGCUGUCCCACUACACCUUUUACUUUGUGGACUACGUCGGGGUCAGUGUCUACCAGUAUGGCAGCGCCUUGGCUCACUUUUUCUAUAGCUCCGACCAGGCCUGGUACGAGCGGUUCUGGCUUUUCUUCCUGCCGGCGGCUGCUUUCUGUGGCUGGCUGUCCUGUGCUGGCUGUUGCUAUGCCAAGUAUCGCUACCGACGGCCUUAUCCAGUUAUGCGGAAGAUCUGUCAAGUGGUACCAGCGGGGCUGGCCUUCAUCCUAGACAUCAGCCCCGUGGCGCACCGCGUGGCUCUCUGCCACCUGGCCGGUUGCCAGGAGCAGGCGGCCUGGUACCACACCCUCCAGAUCCUCUUCUUCCUUGUCAGCGCGUACUUCUUCUCAUGCCCUGUCCCCGAGAAGUACUUCCCCGGUUCCUGUGACAUUGUGGGCCACGGACAUCAAAUCUUCCACGCCUUCCUUUCCAUCUGCACGCUCUCCCAGCUGGAGGCCAUUCUUCUGGACUAUCAGGGACGCCACGAGAUCUUCUUCCAGCGCCACGGUCCCCUGUCUGUCUACACGGCCUGUCUCUCCUUUUUCUUUUUAGCCGCAUGCAGUGCGGCCACCGCCUCCCUCCUGAGGCACAAGGUCAAGGACAGACUGAUUAAGAAAGAUUCCUGAGGUCGGCAGAUGAGGAACGGUGUGGAGGUGGGCUACUGCGACUGGGAGAAAACUUGGCCCAAUAAUAGAAGUUGACUUUUUAUUCUUAAGGCUUGAUUUUUUUAAAUUAAUAUGUAUUACAGGCUGAGGAUGAAACUCAAUUGGUAGAGAGUGCCAUAUAGCAUGUAGGAAGCCCAGAGUUUGAUCCCCAGUGCAGCAAAAGCCAGAAUAGUAGCACUCAAGGAGGCAGAGGCAGGAGGAUCAGAAAUUCUAGGUCGUCCUCCAACACGCAGUGAGUCCAAGGCUAGCCUCUGAAACGUGAUCUUAUCUCAAGAAUAGAGAUUGCUAUGUAUUUCAAAGGCAUGGUAUGGCUAUGGAAUUUCAAAUGCAGGGCAUUUGAGAGUUUUCAAAACGAAUAUUCAUUCUUCUGUCUGGGUUGUAGCCUUGUUUGGGAAGAGAUCUUGGCUAAGAUUUAUGAGAUCCCAAACUAAAGAGAACCGUCCUCACCCAUGGGCGAUGAGCAGAAUUCUGGUUGUGGCUUCAAAGGCCAAGUCCUGAAACUGGACAGAUAGUCAAAUCGGACAGCCAAGUACACUGUGGCUGUUCCUCACCCUAACGGGGCAGUCACCCUCCGCUGCUGGUCUUGGUAUCUGUGUCAAUUGAGCCAAGGACUCUGUCUUCUUGUCAGGAUUUCAGCUUGUCUAGGGUGGAGGAAAUCAGAAUCUUCAAGAAGAUUCACGGGAACUCUUAGACAGAAUGGACUUUCGAUUUAUACGAUUUCUGGUCUCAACCACUGCAGCUCUGGCUCUCAGGAUAACCAGCUAGCUGGCCGAUUUGCCUGAAGUACUACUGUUCUCACCCCGAGGCUGCAUGGUGAUAUAAAGAGUUCUGAAGCUAUUACCCUUCCAGGAAAGGCUCGGAGCCGGCCAUACGAACAUUCAGGAAGCCGAUUCUUGUGUAACACAGAGACAUAAACAAAUUUAACAAUGCCAGGAGCUACCAGGACACACCCAGUCAGCAAACGUGGAUAUACUUGCCUGUUUGCUGCCCCUGGGGCCCUUCUAGUUUCUAUCUGUGGACUGCAGUAUUAACUGCCAGCUUCUUUAGGGUUAUCUGAAGGUUUGAACUCUUUUAAAACCAUGGCUCUAAAGUUCUUCGAGGGAGCUGAUUAUUUUAAGCGGGUCCUAAGAUCCAAGGCUCAAAUUUCUGUUAGAUGCUGUCCCGUGAAGGACCAACACAGCUACCCCAAUUCAGGCUCCUCAAAACAGGCAGUCCCACUUCAGAUUUGAGAAAAAAACCUUAAAACGGGUCCUAGGACGGGUAAAUGUGUGCUUACUGCCGUGGGCCCUCCCUGAAGGUCCGUUGAGUAAGAACGAGGUACCUGAUUGCCAAAUGCGCUGUUUAUGACAUUGCUGCCAGCAGCCGCCGGGAGGGGAGUGGCGCUCGCAGCUGCUAUGUUCUGGCCACGCAGCUCUCUCCGAGGACGAGGACUGUCUUCUGCAUGAAUCCAGUGAAGGAGGCUGUGGUCGAGGAAGGGCUGAGAUGCCCUCUCCUCAUAGGCUGCAUUUCCUAUCAGUAUGAGGUCCCAGUGUACUAAAAUGGGAUGCUUUAAACUUCAAUCCCAGUUUAAUGUUCCUCCUCCACUACUAGGUCACUUGCUGGUCUUAAAACCUUUGUUUUCUACCUUUUUUUGUUUUUGUUUUUUGUGAGCGAUUUGUGAAUUUUGUGCCUUAUACAUGGGGGUGUCUAAACUCUUUAUUGAAACAUGUGCACACACGGAAUAUCCUGUUUUGCAUUCUUGGGAACCCCAGAAAGCUAGAAUGACUUGUCAAUCUAUUAAUCUGUAUUUGGGGGAGGGGUCAACAGAAGUAUCCCUACUGCCUUUAAACCAAGAAAGCAUGUGUCUCCUGCCUUGUUUUAUUAGUUGGGUUUCUUGUUCAUUCACGGUCAAGAUGAACAUCGAGGCUAGCCAGGUGACCCAAGGUUCUGGUUGUCUAGGUCAAGUUCAUGCCAAGGAAUGUUAGCAAAACUGAACGGGUCUGAACUGAGCGAAGGCUGGUUGGGGUAUGUGUAAAUGCUACAAAUAGAGGGUCUAUUUAAAACGGGAACCAGAAAGUGUUAGAAAUUCCAUUGUUAUGGAUUCAAAGACUGUAUUCUUUUAAACGUUGGUGGGAAAUGUGAGAGAGGGAAGGGAGGAGGAAGGUGUUCUUGUGAUUAUCUGCGAACAAAGAUUUUAUUCUUCUUUUGGUUCUUUUCUUUUACUAUCUCACUAUCACCCAGGCUGGCCUGGAAAUCCUUAUGUAGACCGGGCUGCCCUUGAACUUUAAAGGUCAACCUGUCUCUGCCUCCCAAGCGGCAGGGUUGAAGGUGUGCACUAACCACUCUCAGCUCUGGGGACAGAGAUCUGUGUUUUUCAGUGGUCCUGCAGCUCAGCGUCAACCUGAACUGUCACAGGUCUGUGACACCAUCCGAGUAAAACGUGAGAUACUGGCAUCCAAUUCUCAGUUUAAUUAUACAAAUAUUGCUAACUAUAAAUUUGGGAAUUGAAAAGAAAGAAAAAAGUGAUUUCUAUGGAGUUGGGACUUGAAACCCAAGACCUACAUACGACAUGUUAACCAAGAGUUCCCCAUUGACCUAUAUAUACCCUAGCCCAAGGAACAGUGGAUGAAUAAUAGAUAUUUGGGGGGCAUCGAGGAGGGGGACUGUAAUCUUCCCUGAAAAUACCAGUAUCUAAUGGGAAUACUAUAAAUGCACUUACAAGUGCAUACACAGAAUGGGCGAUUUUUAACUCUUCGGUGUCAUCAAAAUGAGCCUAUCAGUAUGGUAAAGACUAGGCUAGUUUGAAUAUAACAACUAAGAAUUUUAAAAAGGACUAUGCAUGCCUCUUGAUUUUACAGUGGGAUUUGCCACCCUGCAAAAUCAGCAUAAUUUAAAAAAGAUAUAGUUAUCUUGCUCUCCAAAACUAGAAAUUUUGGCUGUUGCCUCUCUUAAGACCUUCAACCAAACCCAAUAAUAUGUAAAUGUCUCUGAUAAAACUAAGCUACCUGUCACUAAUACUUUCUCAUGAAUAAAAUUCUUAUGGGUUGAUAGAAAGCCCUACUUAGUUCAAGAAGAGGGGCCCACAGGAUGCAUUUGGGGGUGCCUUGUUUCUCAUUUCAGAAUCCUGACUUUUGUUUGCCAGGGAAAGUUGUUUUCGUUGUUUCUGGUUUGAGGUGUUUGUUUUGUUUGAGAUGGACCUGUGUAUCCCAGGCUGGCCUGGAACUCCGGAUUGAGUCUCUCGUCACAGUCCGCCAAGGAGUCGGUUGGGAUUGAUUACAGGCUGCACCAACACCACAUCCAAUUCUAAUAAAACUAAUUUCCAAGUUCUUAAAGAUGUCAGGGUUACAAUUUCAGCCCUUAAGUCUCUCCAUAACAUAGUGCAAGCCAUGGACUGGAAGCUUGAAACAGAGUUCAGAGCCCUGAUAGGAGGGCAGUGUGGCCCUCUGUCGCCCUCCAUUAUUGUUUGGUCACUGCUCUGUAGUUCCACCUGGAUCCUCCAGAGGGCGAUGUUGUCUUACUCAGUGCUCUCUCAGCGCCUGUUGCCAGGGCUUCGCCACUAGAACUAUGUUUUGCUUGGUUAAAGUGUGGAAUUCUUUUCUGUCUCUAUAAACCUACUUACGUGAGUAAUCAUUAAACAGAUUUUGUACGUGAA